CAUUCUGCAAGCCUCAGGGACAACACGCCAGAAUCCAGGACAGACACAACAUGGCGGAAGCGGAGGACGUCGACUCAACUUCGGGCGGAAUCUUCCAGGAGAUAUUCACCUCCCCGCUCAACCUGACCCUGCUCAGCCUGUGUCUGUACCUGCUCUACAAGAUCUUCCGUGGGGAUAAACCCCCGGAGGUGGACGAGGGCGAGCAGCCGCUGGUCAAACUGAAGAAGAGAGACUUAACCCUGGCGGAGUUGAAGCUCUACGACGGAGUGCAGGACCCCAGGAUCCUCAUGGCCAUCAACGGCAAAGUGUUCGACGUCACCCGGGGGAAGAAGUUCUACGGGCCAGAGGGGCCGUACGGCGUGUUUGCGGGUCGAGAUGCAUCCAGAGGCCUGGCCACUUUCUGCCUGGAGGAAGAAGCCCUGAAGGACCAAAACAACGACUUGUCUGACCUGACGCAGGCACAGCAGGAGAGCCUCGCUGAGUGGGAGACGCAGUUCACAUUUAAAUACGACUACGUGGGCAAGCUUCUGAAGGAGGGCGAGGAGCCCACAGAGUACACGGACGACGAGGAAGCAAAGGACAAGAAAGCCGACUAAAGAAUGGCGGAGGAGGAAUGUGGCGGCGGCCUUAAUGUUCUACCUUCUGUCUUGUACACUUGAAGGUGACAUAUACUGCCUGGCAUUUCUGCUGCUGUGUAACCUUCUCAACUUUUUUUUUUAUAUAUAAAUGUACUAAUGGAACUCCUGGUGAAAGGCAACGUGGUCCCAUGACUAACCCAAUACUUACUGGAAAGGGACCAAUCAGAGGCUCGGUGAGAGGUUCCAGGAAGAUGAUGACUUCAUAGCAGGGGUCUCAAACACGCAGCACUUUUUUUUUUUUUUUUAAGGUGUCGUCCAUGGCUAUCUAAAUGCUUUAAUGGCCCGCGGCACGUUCUAUAUAAAUAAAAAAAACAAAAAACAUUAAAAUGUGGAAUAAAAGAGCACACAGGUGAAAUGUUGACUAAUAACACAAAGCUGCCAUUCAGGCUGUUUUUUUUUCUUCUUAAAACUGUCAUUGCUCCAAAAAUAAUAACGAAUCCAAAUCAGUUUUGGUAUUAACUUUGAAAUUCUUAGGGUUGUAUUUUCUGAUUUUGACAUUUAAAGAAAAUACCUUUUCUAUGAUAAAGAUAAGAUAAAAUAACUUUUAAUCGACGGAUGUGAAGUUAAUCCAGAAAUUGUAAACGUUAAAGGUGGAAAAAUAAAAUAAUGUACGCAAUCCAUCUUCUUCCGUUUAUCCGAGGUCUGUUCGCGGGGGCAGCAGCCUAAGCAGGGAAGCCCAGACUUCCCUCUCCCCAGCCACUUCGUCCAGCUCUUCCCGGGGGGAUCCCCAGGCGUUCCCAGGCCAGCCGGGAGAGAUAGUCCUCCCAAAGUGUCCUGGGUCUUCCCCGUGGCCUCCUACCGGUCGGACGUGCCCGAAACACCUCCCUAUAUUUUGAUUUCUUUAAGAAAAAGAGGGCAUAAAACAUAAUUUCAAAAAAAUUGACACAUUUAAAGAACAAAACAUUACUGUAAGACUUAAUUUUAACAUUUUCAUGGUGGAGACCCUUAUGGGUCCCCGGGACCAAACUUGAGGAUA